AUGUCGCCCACAGCCAGCGGCGACAACGGGACCUGGUCGAUUGACGCCUCAAUACCAGAUUCUGAUGAUCAAGCUCUGACAGAACUGCUCAUUUGCCUUGAUGGUUCUGAUGGCAAAGUGCCAACUUCGCUGCCACCAGGUGAGCCAAUGCUGUUGUGGAGCUGCCUGAACUUGCCAGUAUAG